UUGUUUCCCAUUGCCAAGGUAUGAAGCCCUAGCCCACAAAGUAUGUUUUAGCAAAGAGAUCCUUAAGCCCUGUCGUAGGCGAGUGCGUAGGAUUUGCAUACUGAACCAGUGGUUCGCGGCCCUGUUAAGCCGUUAGUUUAGCCUAAUCCAUAUCACACCUAUCUUAUUCAAAUCCGCGCAUUCGACAUUUUGUCCUCGCUGCUUACCUCUCAACAUAGCUAUUCCCUACAUCGACAGGGCUCUUUGCAGCAAAUAUCGUUAAUAUGCCAGGCCAGAGACUCAUCGACCAGGAUGAGCGUACACGGAAGAAGCCAAUGCGCAUCCUCGUUCUAGGCAUGUGCCGCACAGGAACAACAUCCAUCUCAGUUGCUUUGCGCAAACUGGGCUACACACCACAUCAAAUGCGCGACGUUCUCGUCAAACCGAAAGAACUCGCCCUCUGGCAAGAAGCUAUCAACGUUACUUUACUCCCGACUCAAGACCGACCUGCUAAGCAACGUGACCUACCACCAUAUGGCAAGUCAGAGUUCGACAAACUUCUAGGCGAUUACGAUGCUAUCAUGGAUCUACCAGGUUGUGUGUUCGCGAAAGAAUUGAUCGAAGCGUAUCCAGAAGCAAAAGUCAUUCUCACGAACAGGUCCUAUGCGGACUGGGAGCAGAGCAUGCAAGAGAGCAUCUGGUGUCUGGAUACCUGGCGCCUGUUCACUCUCUGUCGAACAUUGAACAUCACCCAGUUAGCACCCUUGAUGCGUCUCGUCCAUUCUGUUUUCAGGGUACACAAUGGCAACAACUACGGCGGUCCUGUGGCGAAAUCGGCGUACGAAAAGCACUACGACACGGUUCGCUCUUCCGUGCCCAAGGACCGAUUACUCGAGCUCGAUACUGAUUCCGACUUGAAGUGGGAGCCGCUUUGUAGGUUCUUGGGGAACGAGGUACCGCAGGAGCAGUAUCCAAGCCUGAACGAGGAGAAGGCAAUGCAGAAGAAUUUAGAAAACGCGUGGUGGGGCAUGGUGCAGUACCUGCUUUUGAUGCUUCUAUUACCGGGCCUGGUGACGGUUGGAGCCGUCUUUUGCUACAUACACCGGGACGACUUGCAGGUGCUGAGAGAUGACUGGAUACUCGGGCCUCUAAAGUCGUAUUUGGAUGGGUAAGGUGCAGUGUCGCAGUGCGUAAUCGUCCAGUAUGUGUAUGUAGAUAUCUCGUCAUGACAGCAUGUAUAAGAGUAGCACGAAAUUGUCCAGGGUCCGGUCGCCCUUCCGAUGACCAAUUGUAGUCGCUGGCGCCACAGCGAAAAGUCAGUUCGAAAGGGCACCCGUAAUCGACGGCGAAUACAGAAAUUGCCACAUAUAGUAAGAACUAAGCCCUGGGGAAGUGUCGCCACAUAUCAGCACUAGUCCAUAUCAGGCUAUCUCCACAUUAAGACAUGACAAUGCCUAUGCACGACGAAGACUUCUUUGACUUUUGGGUUUCACCGCAUAGUAGAAUGCUGGGCAUUAGAGAUUGUAACCACUGCUAAAU